AUGUUCUUUAAUGCUCUUGAUGUGCUUAACUUAGUUGCGAACGAGAGGGACUUUGGAAAGAAAGCAAACAUAACAAGUACAGUGAUCAACUGUAUGAACUCUCUGCCGUUGCCUGAAAGAAGUAAAGUUUUUGCUACGAGAUUCUCCUCUAUGCUGAGAUAUUCCAAGCAGCUGGCUUCUAUAGAUGUUAAUCGUUUCGUCACGGCGGUAUCAACUCCAGAACUGCUUGAAUUUCUCUACUCGCUCGUAGAUGCUCCUGUUGAAAUUCCUGGUUCUAUAUGGGAUAAAGCAGCAAGCCUUCUUGCAUCGAGACCUGCUGAUGGCAAACUUCGAGAGUUUGUCGUGAAUCAGGAGCGAAUAGUUCGAGUAUGUGGCGAAAUACUGUGCAAUGUGGGCUCCAACCUGUUGUCCAUAGCAGAGGCCGAUGCCCAACGAACAGGACUUAAUCGAACUGCUUUUGUCGUACUGACGCAAGCCCUGGUUUCCAAGAUGGUCAGAAGUUCGAUGGAUCCUGAUUUCCUGUUGCAAACUGUCCCCUUAUAUGUGGCAGCGCUAGUGAGAUUGCCGUAUAGAAUUUUCAUUUAUUCUCGUAUCAAGGAUCUCCUGUUCAAAUUUGGAGAUGAUUCAACGUUAGCUUCGAGAAUAACAGUCGAACUUGAAUUUUUACAUGGAACGGAUGCCCAAGCAGAUCGCAUUGCUGGUUGUGAAGGCUCCGGCAUUGGGCAGAAUGCUCUUCAGAACUACAUGGGCUGCGUCAAGGAAAAUGGUGAAGCUGUUAGAUCUGCACCGAGCAUGAGUGUCAAGUCCUAUGUGGAUGGACUCCUUCAAGCGCACAAGGUCGUCGUAUUCAGCAAGUCUUACUGUCCAUACUGUCACAAAGCAAGGGCUGCAUUGGAGACACAAAAUCUCAAGCCUGGAGCUCUAGAGUGGAUAGAGAUCGAUGGACGACCCGAUUGUUCGGAAAUUCAGGACUAUCUCCAGUCGUUGACCGGAGCACGUUCGGUGCCUCGAGUGUUCAUCAACCAGAAAUUCUUCGGUGGAGGCGAUGAGACGGCAGCUGCCGCAAAAACGGAAAGCUUGCAGCACUUCUCAAGGAAGCCCAAGCCAUCUAACUCAUGA